AUGAUCAGAUUCCUACGCUCCGCAAUGACCGUCCUCACCUCGCCCGUGACCGCACCGCGCGUGCCCAUCCCCGCCAGGGGGGUCGACUACCGCGGCACAGUCGUGCUUGCCCCGAUGGUUCGCUCCGGCGAGUUGCCCUCCCGCCUGCUGGCACUCAAAUACGGCGCCGACCUAGUCUGGGGCCCCGAGACGAUCGACCGCUCCCUCAUAGGCUCUGAACGGCGCGUGAACCCACGCAACGGCACCAUCGAAUUCACACGCAUGCCCUCGAACUCCGGCCGGGGCGAAAAACCGCCCAAGGAAUCGGUCCUCUACCGGAUCGACCCCGUGCGCGAACAGGGCAAGCUCAUCUUCCAAAUGGGCACCGCGGACCCCGAUCUGGCCGUGCAGUGCGCCAAGGUCGUCGCGGGGGAUGUGGCUGGCAUCGACGUCAACUCAGGCUGUCCCAAACCCUUCAGCACAAGCGGCGGCAUGGGCGCUGCGCUGCUGCGCACGCCCGACAAACUCGUCUCUAUCCUCGAGUCCCUCGUCCGCGAGGUCGGCGAGCCCUUCCGCAUCGGCAUAUCGGUCAAGAUCCGCAUCCUCGAAACCCCUGAGUUGACCGAAGCGCUGGUCUCGCGCCUCGUGCAAACAGGCAUCACAGGGCUCACGGUCCACUGCCGCACAACGCCCAUGCGGCCCCGCGAGCGCGCAAUCCGCGACCAGCUCCGUAUGGUCGCGGGGAUCUGCAAUCGCGCCGGCGUAGCCAUCGUCAUGAACGGCGACGUCACCACGCGUGACACCGCGCUGGCCUUGAUGGCCGAGUACGGCGUGGACGGGGCCAUGAUCGCCACCGCGGCGGAGGCCAAUUCGUCCUGUUUCCGCUCCGAGGCGGAGGGCGGUCUCCUGCCGUGGCGGGAUGUUGUCUAUGAAUACAUGCGAUUCUGUCUGGAAUCGGAGAACCGUUGGGGGAAUACAAAGUAUCUGCUCAACAUGCUCAUUCCCGGGAAGAACAAGGAGUUCAACGCUGCCAAGCAGUGCAAGACGUACACUGACUGCUGUCGGCGCUUGGGAUUCGACGAUCUGAUCCCUCUUGCAGUUCGCGCCGACGAAAUCCUCGAUCUAGCCGAUAAGUGGGUGCUGGGACCGGGCGAGGAGCACGAGGUGAAGUCCAAAGCUGUCCAGAACGCGAUGCAAUCUGAGUCGGCCCGUGCCGCUGGUGGCAGUGGCGCACGAUCGAAGCAGGAUUCUCCGGCCACACAUACCGGCGGCCCGAUCCGCACCUCGUCUAUCCCGGAACCGACCUCGAAAGCAGCCAAGUCUGAGUCUGACUUCGACCCGCUGGCUGUCGACCUGUCGAUGCAGGCUGCACAGAAGCCUGAACUGACCGCAUAA